AUGGACGCCGACAAGAUCCCCGACUUCCUAGCGGACCAGCGAGACCAAGCUCCCAGCGAAGCCCAAGCUCUCUUCCUUGACUUUGAAGAUUACUGGGAGCGCAAACUCUGGCAUCAACUCACAAACUCGCUUGUCGAAUUCUUCCGAACACCCGCCAGCGCCCCUCAACGAUUACCCAUCUUCAAAUCGUUCAUACUCAGCUUUGCGGAUCGAAUUAAUCAGUUGAACUUUGUUACGUUGGGGUUGUUGGCUUCAACGCAAUGUCGUGACGACCAAGAGAGACUUUCUUUCCUUACAUCACUAGCCGAUCGAGUGGAUAAGCCCGACUCACAGGAUGCAUACGUUUAUGCUGUUGCUGAUGUUGCGGGUGUGAAGCUGCGACUACAAGACUAUGAAGGAUCACGAAAGGAUUUAGAUAAGAGUCAGAAGAUCUUGGACACAUUUGAUUCGGUAGAGACUGUUGUCCACGCGGCAUUCUACAAAGUCAAUGCAGACUACUACCAUGCCAAACAAGAAUUCGCAUCUUACUACAAGAAUGCCCUCCUCUACCUAGCCUGCGUUGACCUCGACGACCUCUCGCAAGAAGAACGCAUCUCUCGCGCCUACGACCUCAGUGUCGCCGCCCUCGUCUCGGACUCAAUCUACAACUUCGGCGAACUCCUCCUCCACCCCAUCCUCGACUCCCUCACCGAGACACCACAUGCCUGGCUCCGCGACCUCCUCUUCGCCUUCAACCGCGGCGACCUAACCGCCUACGACGUACUCGCAGGCAACAUCAGCAAAAACAAACUCCUCGAAUCCCACCGCCAAUUCCUGUACAUCAAAAUCUCCCUCUCUGCGCUCACCGAAGCGGUAUUCCGUCGUCCACCACACGACCGCACAAUGACAUUCUCCACCAUCUCGGCAGAGACAAAAGUGCAACCAGACGAGAUUGAGCAUUUGAUUAUGAAGGCGUUGUCGUUGGGCUUGAUUAAAGGGUCAAUUGAUCAGGUUGCACAGAUUGCGCGAAUCAAUUGGGUCCAACCUAAAGUGUUGGAUAUGAAGCAGAUUGAGGGCAUGAGGAAUCGGUUGAAGGAGUGGGAUACGGGGGUGAACCAGUUGGGCCACUGGAUUGAGGGUGUUGGAAGGGAUGUUUGGGCUGCUUAA